AUGGCCGUGCCUAGAUGGGUACAAGAGCCAGUUAAAGUAUACUAUGCUAAUAGUGUGGAGACUCUGGUAGAUAAGACAUAUGUGCAACACUACCCCAUUGUGCAUCUAGUAACGGAAACUGGCUCCGAAAUCAAUCAGGCAUGCUGUACAAAACAUAAUGGCUGGUGGUUGUGUGAGUGCUAUGCCAAUAUUAACAUCAAUGCCACUAAAAAAGGCUGGGCACGACUAGUAAAAAAGGAAUUGGUUAAUGAGGUAGUGCGCAUUCAGGACAUGGCCUGUGCCAUAGGGUAUCAUAAUUUUUCCAUCAAUGGCAAUAUCUGCCCCACAAGUGAGGCAGGAUUUUGUGUACCUAUCACUGGCAGUAUUGAGAUAGGAGCCCAGGCUUUUUGGCCAACAAAAAUGGGGAAGGCUGUCACUGAAACGGUUAUUAUGCACGAACAGCUGAAAAGCUUAUUGGUUGAUCUGUUUCCACCUAUAAAAUUCUUACAUUUAGAUAUACAUGAAUUAGUAGCAAGAACAAAGGAAUCCCUAAUACCAAUAGCCCACUUAAUCCAGCAGCAAAUGCGUGAAGUGGAUGAGGUUCAACAAGCGGUGGAAACACCCUGGUGGGCAAUCCCUGAGGAUGUGACUUUGCAUCCAGUAGUCUGCACUCUAAGCGUAUUUCUAAUGGGGAUCCAGGCCCUAACUGUUGUGGUUCUAAUAGGAAUGUGUUGCUAUAUGAUCCAUCAAACAAAACGUGCCAAAUUACAAGGUCGAAUCAAUAAGGGAAUGGAAAUGGCAAUCAACACUGUUGUUGUACACCCAAACAAUCACUUCAUAAAACAUUCUGAGAAUAACCCAGGAGAGAACCGGACCAUCUCUGAUGUAUUCAUCCUGGUGAGGUUUUCAAACCUUAAAAAGCUGCAAAUCAUUCUCUCUCUGGUGCUUCUGGUCACCUACCUGGUCGCCCUGAUAGGGAAUCUUCUUGUUAUCCUCCUUAUAAAGUUAAACGCCUCACUCCACACCACCAUGUAUUUCUUUCUGGUGAACCUGUCAAUCUUGGAAAUCUGCUACACCAGCAGUGUGGUCCCUUAGCUGCUGAGUCACCUCCUGGUGGACCAAAAGACCAUCACCAUUGCAGGCUGCACUGCCCAGAUGUAUGUCAUCACCUUCAUGGGCCUGAUAGAAAGCUGCCUCCUCGUGGUCAUGGCGUAUGACCAUUACGUGGCCAUAUGUCACCCCUUGCACUACAGAACUAUCAUGAGUGGCUGGACAUGUGCACAGCUCGCAUUUGCUUCAUGGAUCAUCAGCAUCUCGGUGGAAGUAGCUCAGACCAGGUGGAUCUUCAGCCUGCCCUUCUGUGGCUCCAACCGCAUCCAUCACUUCUUCUGCGACAUUCCACCAGUGUUGAAGAUGGCAUGCAUGGACGCAUCCAAAAAUAAGAUUAUGGUUUUGACUGUGCCAGUUUUAUUCAUCAUGGGCCCUUUUUUGUUGAUAACUGUGUCCUACAUCUGUGUUAUCUCCACCAUCCUCAGGCUGUCAUCAGCAGAGGGAAGGCGUAAAGCCUUCUCCACCUGCUCCUCUCACCUCAUAGUGGUAACUUUGCUCUAUGGAAGGGCUCUUUUCACCUACCUGAGGCCCAAGUCUAUCUCCACCCCAGACAGUGAUCAAAUGAUUUCCCUUGUGAUCACAAUUGUGGCACCUGUGCUGAACCCCAUAAUAUACACUCUGAGGAACAGAGAGGUGAAGAGAGCCUUUAGAAAAACAGUAGAGAAAAGCAUUUUUUCACACAGUUGGAGAAAACAAAGAAUGAAAAAUAGUUAA